GCUCGAUAUUCACGAGUCGCUCGUGUGGAAAGACCAUGCGCACCCAAAAAAAAUCUGUGGAUUGGAAUUGUUUGAAAGAUGAAAUUUGAAACACAAACACACAACACGUAGUGUACUUGGGUUAGUUGUGGAUUAGGUACCUGUGCAUACACAUACAUACAUACUCGUUUCAACAUGAAUCCCGAGAAGCUAGCUAAGCUGCAGAACACCGUGCGAACGGGAGGCAAGGGUACCGUACGCAGAAAGAAAAAGGUGGUGCACAAGUCGGGUGCUCAGGAUGACAAGAAGAUUCAGGCCAUCCUUAAGAAGCUUCAGGUGAAUCCCCUUCCCGGAUUCACAGAGGUUAACAUGUUCAAGGAGGAUGGUACCAUUCUACACUUCGACCAGCCCAAGGUUCAGGCCAACUUCCCCUCAAAGACCUUCGCCAUCAGUGGAAAGGCCGAGACAAAGCAAAUCCAAGAGCUUCUACCCGGUAUCUUGCAACAAAUGGGCCCCGAGGCUCUUGCCAGCAUCAACCAGAUGGCUCAACAGAUGCGUGCCCAGCAACAGGCCCAGGCCGCUGCAGGUGGUGCCCAGGAUGAUGAUGUGCCCGACCUAGUAGACUCAUUCGACCAAUCUCAGGAUUAAACACUCUGAUUUAAGUACAAGCUGCUCGCACAUGUAUAACUUAGUCGGUCCGCACGGUCCCCGCGAACACAGGCAUACACCUUUCAGCAUAUAUUGAUAGCUUUAGCCGUGUCCCUCGCAGCAGCGGGGAGGUGCCGUGAUCGCUCGUGGUUUUCUAACAGAGAGUAGUGUCAUUAACGUGUCUGUUGGAAGGGUUUGAUGUAAUCCAACUUUCAGAGGCGAAAUUAUAGUGGGGAAUCAGGAUGUACUUUCCCAAGCCUGGGAUGGUCAUGUCCAUAGGGGUAGUUACAAGUCCUGGAUCUCUCCGCGCAAAUUUCUGAACAAUAUAGAUAAAAGCUAACUUGUGAAUAGAUAAAUGAUGCGUCCGAGUGAAGAA